UGCAGCCGAGCACCAAUAUGCUCGUGAAGCUGGUGCUGGUAACUUGCCUUGGAGUCGCGACUGUCAGUCCCAAAAUGCGAGGCGGCCAGGAGCUCGUCCUACAUACUGGUGGUGCAGCAGAAUUAAUGCGGAGUCCACCAAACGCUUCGUGCACCACCAUCGCCAUAACGGACAGUACCACCACUCCUCCAGACGUCGUGAAGGAUCUACUCGUAAAAUCAGCGUUGGACCAGUGGCAAGUGAUGGCAACAUUUGAGGUGAAUUUAGGGAAGAGAAACACCACCAUUACUGAUCGCCUGUCGAAGUUGAUCCCCUUAGCACGUCAAGUAGGUAACUCAGAACAGUUUGCCCAUGUGAUGUACUUUACUAAGUACUUUUCUGAAUGUUUAUCAUAUAGCAGACGAAUAGACGACAUGGGUUCUUAUGUUCCCCUCACACAGGUAACAGUACAAAAUGGUUUUAUUUAGUGAAAAACGGGGCCUAGGUUAAGAAAAAAAAAAAUCUACUGGAGG